AUGUCGCGAUCUGCGCUGACACCGUGUGGCCGCUCCCCGCAUCUCGCCCCGGCGCCCGGCGAGAGGGAUUUCGGUCCCAAACAGCGCCGGGAUGUCCCCAAGGCCACCUCCCGCAGCAGCGAGGUGUCACCCAGCGGGCCACGAGAGCACACCUACGGCGAGGUGAACCAGCUGGGCGGCGUCUUCGUGAACGGCCGCCCGCUGCCCAACGCCGUCCGCCUGCGCAUCGUGGAGCUGGCGCAGCUCGGCAUCCGCCCGUGCGACAUCAGCCGCCAGCUCCGCGUGUCGCACGGCUGCGUCAGCAAGAUCCUGGCCCGCUACCACGAGACGGGCUCCAUCCUGCCGGGCGCCAUCGGCGGCAGCAAGCCGCGGGUCACCACGCCCGCCGUGGUCCGCCGCAUCCGCGACUACAAGCAGGGCGACCCCGGCAUCUUCGCCUGGGAGAUCCGCGACCGCCUGCUGGCCGACGGCGUGUGCGACAAGUUCAACGUGCCCUCGGUCAGCUCCAUCAGCCGCAUCCUGCGCAACAAGAUCGGCCCGCUGGCCCCCGCGGGCCCGCCGCCCGCCGCGCUGCCCUGCGCGCACAUCUAUCAGUACCCGUACCCCGGGCCCGCCGCGCCCCCGCCCAAGGCGGCCCCGCACCCCGCGGGACCCCUCGGGGCUCCCCCGGUGCCGCUGCCCCGCUCCUGGCCCUCGGCGCACUCGGUCACCAACAUCCUGGGCAUCCGCGGCUUCGUGGAGCAGGCGGGGGCUCUGGCUGGCGCCGAGGGGGCCCCGUACCCCCCAAAAAUGGAGGAGUGGCCCGGCGUGAACAGGAGCGGCUUCCCCGGGCCCGGCCAGGCGGGCAGCGGGAUGGACAGGGAGGUGAUGGACGGCGACAUCAAAUACCCGCAGCCCGGGCUCUCCUCCGUGGGCUCCUUCCUGCCGCCCUGCGCGUACCCCCCGUCCCCGCCCGGGCUCUACGGCGGCUCCGCCGGAUCCUACAUCGCGCCGGGCCCGCCCUGGCAGCCCCCGGGACAGCACGGAACCGGCACCAGCACCGGCACCGGCACCGGGCAGCGCGGCACGGGCGGCAGGCAGCGCGGCGGGGAAGGACUGGACCGAAAACCGCCGAGCCCCGCGGGAAAAGCUGCGGAGCAUCUGAGCGCCCUCCACGGCUCCUCAUCCUGA